AUGGCGCCUCGUAUGGCUGCUUCGGUGUGUUGGUGCACACUUCUGUGUUUGUUUUUAGUCUUUAAUAGUGUUUAAUUUAGUUUAUUGCGAAUCAAACCGGAUUAUUUUGUUCAAUUGUCUUAUUGUCACAGACUGUGUUAGUUUUAAUUCUGUUUAUUACGGAUCAACUCAGACUUUUUUAGGUUUUUCCAUUUUUGUUAUUGUGUUGCUAUGGCCAUGUCACGGAUAAUUUUUACGAGAGAUGAGAUCCUUAACAUCAGGGACUCAACACCAUCGGAUUUAUGUCCCAACUUUCUCGCCUCUCCCGUGGACUUACAAGACCUACCUAUCCAAGGCCCUGGUCUCACAGUGAGACGGAGAAAGAGAGGAAAGCGCGCAGGAGCCCUGGUGCGAUUUAGGAAGAGAGGAAUGCGGUCGCCUUUACCGAGUAUAAUCCUCUCCAACGUCCGCUCACUCUGCAACAAAAUUGAUGAACUACGUCUUCUCAUCAGGACUAAUAGGGACUUUUCUCUAUCUUCUGUAAUGUGUUUUACGGAAUCCUGGCUGACUGAAUCUACACCGGACUCUGCAGCACAGCUGACUGGCUUUCAGCUGUUACGUGCAGACCGCGAUCCAACUCUUUCAGGCAAAUCAAAAGGCGGAGGUAUUUGUUUCUAUAUAAACCAGUGCUGGUGCAGUGACGUGAAAGUGAUCUUACAAUCCUGUUCUCCCGACUUGGAAUCUUUUUUUAUCACCUGCAAACCGUUUUACUCCCCCCGUGAAUUCACUUCUUUUAUUCUUGCUGGAGUUUACAUCCCACCGCAAGCUGACGUGCGAGAGGCUCAACGUCAACUCGCUGAUCAGAUAUUAGGAGUGGAGAGUAGGAGAGAGAAUACAUAUUCUCCGAUUAUUGUCAUUGGAGAUUUUAAUAAGGGCAACCUCACUCACGAACUCCCGAAAUACAAACAGUUAGUCAAAUGCCCGACCAGGGAGGAGAAUACUUUGGACCACUGCUACAGCACCAUCAGCAGGGCUUAUCAUGCAGUUUCACACGCUGCUCUGGGGCUAUCCGACCAUGCUCUUAUUCAUCUGAUCCCAGCUUAUAAACAAAAACUUAAAAUUUCGAAACCUGCUGUGCGGACUACAAAAAACUGGAACAACAGAGAAGCUGUGGAUGAGCUGCGGGACUGCCUGGAUGACACAGACUGGGACCUUUUUAGAACUUCUUCCAGCAGUCUGGAUGAAUAUACAGAUGCUGUGAUGUCAUACAUCAGCUUCUGCGAGGACGUAUGUAUUCCAACACGCACCAGGGUGAGCUACAACAACGACAAGCCCUGGUUCACUGCAAGACUCAAACAGCUUCGUUUGGAGAAGGAGGAGGUCUUUUGGCAAGGAGAUAAAGGAGGCAAAACGACAGUACUCUAAGAAGCUGGAACAUCAAUUUGCAGCCAAUGACUCCUCGUCAGUCUGGAAAGGCCUUCAGGUGAUCACAGGCUGCAAAACCAAAUCCCCCCACUCUAUGGAAGAUCUUAGACUGGCAAAUGACCUGAACGACUUCUACUGCAGAUUUGACAGACAAUGGACUGGUCCUAACCCUGUCCCCACCACAGCUAUCACACCUACUCUUCCCAGCCUGGACAUAGACACCACCCUCUCCAACAAAAUGGUCCCAGACAGCCCUCUCCCCCCCAUCAAACCUCUCUCCAUUCAGGAGAGGGAUGUCAACAGGCUGUUAAAA